AUGCGUCUCAUUAACAUUGAGACGUUAAAACUCGAAACUUUUUUGGGCGAAGUCCCUCCUUAUGCCAUCUUGUCUCAUACAUGGGGCGAAGGUGAAGUCACGCUUCAGGACCUCGAUAGCGAUGACCUCGAGGAAAAACCUGGAUGGGACAAAAUUGUGAGAUUCUGCCAGACCGUCAUGGAGCACCUAUCUGAUCCACCGCGAUAUGCUUGGGUUGAUACUUGUUGCAUCGACAAGACCAGCAGCGCUGAGCUGUCAGAGUCCAUCAAUGCUAUGUUUCGCUGGUAUAAGGAGUCUCAGUGCUGCUUCGCAUAUCUCCAGGACGUGACAUCCGCAAAUCUGGGGCGGCUGGAACAGUCUCGCUGGUUCACAAGAGGCUGGACACUUCAGGAGCUGCUUGCACCAGUGACAGUCGACUUUUUCGAUCGAGAUUGGGACUUUAUCGGCAACAAGGUUGACCUGGGAGAAAGAAUCUCGCGGAGGACCAACAUUGACAUUGAGGCACUCAGGACUGGGGAUAUGUCAGAGGCCAGUGUUUCUCAAAAGAUGUCUUGGGCUUCCAGCAGACAGACAACGAGACCUGAAGACAUUGCAUACUGCUUGCUCGGCAUCUUCGACAUCAGCAUGACCAUGCUUUACGGCGAAGGAGAAAAGGCUUUCAUUCGACUCCAAGAAGAGAUUCUCAAGGAGUAUGACGACCAUACAAUAUUUGCAUGGGACUCAUCCUCGGUUCCAGAAUCUGCUUCAACCAUCGGCACUUUGGCACCUCAUCCAUCCUACUUCAGCAAGAGCUCACACUUUCAACCUCAUCCGAGUUCUGGUGACCCAGUAACCAUUACCAACCGAGGCAUCCGACUUGGACUACCCAUCAUAGAGGAGAGCAAGAAUCCUGGGCAGAAGCUUGGUCUCCUCUCUUGCUUCUCAGGCGGUGGUGCUGGCUCAGCUGUAGGCAUCGCCCUCUUGCGCAAGUCUCACGACCUCCAAGAGUACAGUCGUUCUCGCGCUCCCCCAGUCGAGCUAUCCAUGCGCGCGUUCAACUUUCCGCCGACGACUGUGUUUCUGACCAAGAGGAAUGGGUACUCCCACAGAGAGGGAAUGAUCAGCAAGUGUUGGAUUCAUUACUGGCCCAAGAUCCAGCCUUUACGGUCUUAUCCGACUGGUUCGUGGCAACACGACCCAUACACUGAAAACAUGACGAUGAGGCUGCCCAAGGGGGACGCGGAAGAGGUCAAGGCAAGCAUCGUAUUCCAGGUGGUUUCGUCGGGCGCAUGUUUCUCUCUGGCACUCACCGUCAGGCCAAGAGAAAGAACAGGCAAGGUCGGCCUGCUACCAGUCUCGAAAGAAGCAGACCAGGCGGAUCAUGUAUUCAAGAUGCUGAGCAACAAGCCAAUGGGGAAUCAGGCGAACCUGAAGGUGCCUGGCCUGGCUGUGUAUGCUGAGUGUCGAGUGCAGUCAAUUCGAGGGUCUUGGAUGUGUGACGUUAAGGUUACUACGAGCUAG